AUGAAAGGGCACGAACGGAGCCCAUGGUAUGCAGCUAAUUCCAAAGCAGGUCACUAUAAUGGCUCCAGCAAUGACUCCUUCCAGAUUGAUUUCCUUCUGGAGGAGGUGGAGGCUGGAUUUUCCCGCCGAACCCUGGGAAAUUGGUUUUGGGCUUUCCUCCAAAUCCCCAUCGCGCCAUCCAGUUCAGCCUUCGUCGACCCUGCCCCACGUAUGAAAAGAGAAAGUGGUUCUCAAGUAUCGACUUCUGGUUUCGUGAAUAUUAGAAGAAGGUCCACGGUGAGUCUAAUCGGGCAAUCGUUAUUCCCGUUGGCUACUAUUAAUAGAGCAUUUGUCCGAGCGUUUGCUCAGUUCCUUUCCCAUCUUAUCGCCUUGGAUCGUCUUCGCCAUGUUCCGAAAUGUAGUGUCAUUUAUCGCGUUAGGGACUGA